CGGUUGCUAACUGCGACGUUACGUCUGACGCCGUCAGUCUGUGCCUGAACUUCAGCUGAGUGAGAGUGUAAGCUUAGCGCCGUGUACCUCUUUACUGACAUGGACGGGAACAAAACUUCAAAGGGUUAUGCCCUCUUCAGUGUCAGUGACAAAUCGGGACUUGCUGAGCUCGGCGAAGGCCUCUCCAAACUUGGCUACGAUCUCCUGGCGUCUGGUGGAACAGCGAAGAGCUUGCAGGCAGCCGGUCUUGAGGUGACGGAAGUGAGUGACGUCACAGGUGUCACUAGCAUGCUGGGCGGUCGAGUCAAAACCCUACACCCUAAAAUCCACGGGGCUAUUCUUGCCAGGAACAGUCAGGAGCACAUGGAUGAACUUCGCUCCCAUGGCAUCAAGCCAAUCAAUGUGGUAGUGUGCAACCUUUACCCGUUCGCUAAGACAGUUGCAAAGGACGGGGUAAGCAUGAGCGAGGCGGUCGAAGAAAUAGACAUCGGCGGUGUGGCGCUGCUACGAGCUGCGGCUAAGAACUUCUCUAGGGUGACUGUGCUGUGUGAUCCUGCGGAUUACUCCACUGCACUGGCCAAGCUCAAAGACGAGAAGGACUAUGGAGAGAAUGAGAGACGUAGUUUGGCCUUGAAAGCGUUCAUCCACACGUCGAACUACGACGAGCAAAUUAGCUCUUACUUCAUGGAGAACCAACAACAAUCCGACGUACAUCUGAGCUUGCGAUACGGGAUGAACCCUCAUCAGAAGCCCGCCUUCGCAUACACGGCCGCACCAACUCUACCUAUUACGGUUCUCAAUGGGGCUCCUGGCUUCAUCAAUUUGUGCGACGCUCUGAACGCAUGGCAGCUCGUGAAGGAACUGAAGGAGGCUCUCGGCUUGCCUGCCGCUGCCUCUUUCAAGCACGUUUCUCCCGCUGGUGCUGCGGUGGCCGUGCCUCUCACCGACACUGAGGCCGCAGUGUAUCAGGUGGACAAUCUGGGGGAAAUGAGCGAGCUCUCUCAGGCGUACUGCAGAGCUCGAGGAGCGGAUCGGAUGUCUUCAUUCGGAGACUUCAUUUCGCUGUCGGACGAGUGCGAUGUUGCAACUGCCCGGAUCAUCGCCAAGGAGGUAUCCGAUGGAAUCGUCGCUCCUGGCUACUCGCAAGAAGCUCUCAAAAUUCUCUCCGCCAAGAAAGGAGGGAGUUACUGCGUCUUGCAGAUCGAUGCAGACUACGAGCCUCAGCCGAUGGAGACAAGAACAAUCUUCGGCGUCAAGCUCCGUCAGAAAAGAAACGAUGGAAUAAUUUCGGAAAACUUGCUGAAGAACGUGGUAACUGAGAAGAAAGAGAUGUCAGCAGACAACCUGCGGGACCUGCUGGUGGCGGCGAUGGCUGUGAAGUACGCACAGAGCAACAGCGUCUGCUACGCCUACAGGGGCCAGGUUGUGGGGCUGGGCGCUGGGCAACAAAGCAGGAUUCACUGCACGCGUCUUGCCGGCGACAAAACCGAUAACUGGUGGCUGCGACAUCACCCAAAAGUUCUUAACUUGGUUUUUAAGGCAGGAGUGAAAAGGGCUGAAAAGGCAAAUCUCAUCGAUAACUACGUCAACGGAUAUGCCGAUGUCUCCAUGAUGAGCUCAGUCCUGAGUGAGAUAGCAGAGCCCCUGACGGAGUACGAGAAGCAAGAGUGGCUCGGCCAGCUCAGCGGCGUGGCUGUCGCCUCAGACGCCUUCUUUCCCUUCAAGGAUAACAUCGACCGAACUAAGAAAAGUGGCGUGAGCUUCAUCGUUAGCCCGAAAGGCUCCCAGAACGACCAGGCUGUAGUGGACGCCUGCAACGAGCAUGGCAUUGUUAUGGUGCACUCGGAUCUCAGACUCUUCCACCACUGAAGCAACCAACACCUACAGUUUAACGACGCAUUUGCAUCAUUUAUGUAUUGUAAUUCAUUACUCUGAUAUGAUAUUUGUUUGUAUACAAUUAUUAGCGGGCUCUUUUUACCCGAACUAUUCGUCGAAUUAGACUUGAGUGAAAAUAUUGAAGUUACACUUCGGUGAGAUGUGAUAAGCCGCGAUCUGAAAAUACUGCUAAAGUUUGCUCUUCUGUUUUCACAUUGUAUUUCUGAUUAGAAUGCAGAGCAAGAAAAUAUCGCUUGCACUUUCUCACUGGAGUGCGCUUCAAGUGCAUGAAAGUAUUUUUUUCAAUGCGGCUAUGAACAAUUUAUUGUAUCAGAAUCUACAUUGUAUGUGUUUUGAGGAUAAUGGGUUAUAAUAAAUUACAUGGAUUUCUA